AUGGCAUCACUUUUCCAGGAAAGUAGUGGUGGUUCUCUAUUUUCAGCAACUAACGAAAAACCAGCUUCUAAUGUUAGCUUUCCUGACGGAACAUUAAGAGCUUCUCCUGUCAUGGCAUCGAAAUGGGAUCCAAAUGCUAACCAAUACGCUCCUGUUGGUCCUGCAAUUCUAUUACUGAAUAGAUCUAAUGGACUUCUAUCUAUUAUUCUCAUUACACAAACAAAACAAAUUCUGACAAAAAUUGAUUGCAACGAAACUGUCAUUUGGGAAUUACAAAAUAAAGUAUACGGAUCAUCACUUGAUUACACUAAUACUCGUUGGCUGUUUUUGUUCCAAAAUCAAACAGAAGCAAGUUUAGUUUCUUCUCUUAUUCUUUACUAUAAAAUGAAAGAUGAUGAAUAUACUAAAAUCGCAGAAGUAAUCGACCCGAAAACAGAUAUAGAACUUAAAGCUACUUUUUAUGAUUUGACAUCUGACAAAAUUACAAAUCCUUGCGAAGGAGAGAUUUCAAAUAGAAUUAACGAAAUUGCAAAAGAGAUUCCUGGAUGUUCCUUCAUUGCUAGAAUCCCAGGAGGUCGAGUUUCUUUUGUUACUCCUGUUUUUAAGGAAGAAACAGCUCCAGCAGACAAAGAAAAGCCUAAAACUGAAGUCAAGGAAGAAAAGGAGAAGCCAAAAGAACAAGUAAAACCUGAAAAACAAAAAAUUAUUUAUCCGACAGAUCCUAUUUCAAUGAAAAAUGCAAUAGAUGGCCUUGAAAGCCUCGAAAAAGAAGUCAAUAAAAUCUUUGAAUCAUUCACAUCCGAGCUACAACAAUUACAUCGUCCAAAAGCAAAAUAUGAUUACAUUUCAAUGGAUGAUGAGUCCAUUUUAGAUGGUGUUAUGCGUUUAGUUGAAGAUUCAAAGCGUCAAGAAGCUGAAUUGGCUCGAUCUACUGAUGAAAUCGAUAGAUUAAUUUACGAAUCAACAGCGCAAGAUGCACAAAUGGAAGCCAGACAAGCAGUUGGCAGAAUUAUUACUCAGAUUGAUAGCGAAAAUGGUAAAGCUGCUACUUUACAGUCCCAAUUAGAUUAUUUACAGAAUGAAUUGGUCGGAAUUGUAGAUGAAAUCGAGAAAACCGAAAAAGGAGAGAAGACAAAUGCAAAUGUUGGUACAGAUAACACAGAUCUCGAAAUGCAAAUAGAAGAUCUUGAAACUCAAAUUAAAUACUUCCAAAAAACCAAAAGAGAGUUGGAGACACAAGUUAACCGUCUCAAAGCUGAAAAUAAGGAAAAUGAUAAGCCAAUUGUUACUUUACAAGAAGCUCAAGAAUUCAAGAAUAAAAGUAUUGCUGAACUCCAAAAUUCUGUUAAGGAUUUGAUCAAGAAUGCCUUGGAAUCUCUUUCAGAAGCGUUUUUCGAUAAAGAAACUGUUACAAAAUCAGAUGUAAUUGAAGCACUUCAAAAAGCCUUGCAAUGA